AUGGUGUUUGAAUUUAACCGCGUUUGUUUUGGUUUAAAGUCGAGCCCAUUUCAUGCGUUACGCACGGUGAAACAGCUCGCCCACGAUGAAGGUCCCUCUUACCCUAAAGCUAAGAGGGCAAUUGAGAGCGGUUUAUAUAUGGAUGAUUUUGUAUACUCGGUCGAUAGCGUGGAGGAGGCCACCCUAAGCACCGCCGAGGUUAUGAGGCUCAUGAAAUCAGGUCAAUUCGAUCUUGUGAAGUGGACUAGUAAUUCGCGUCCGGUUUUAGAUACAAUCCCACUAUCACACCGUCUUUCGGCCAUAAAGGAAUUCGAUGAUUCUGAUACACACAAGGUGCUCGGUCUGUGUUGGUCAAAGAGUCCGACGUGUUUAGCCUUAAGGUAA